UAGAAAAAGUCGUUUUUGAUUCUUCAUAAAUGUAUCAAAAUGAUGUGCGUUACCCGAAACAAUUGGCUUCGGUAUCUAACUAUUAUUCUUAUAAUUCUGUGCGUUUUCUUUGUUAAUAUUUAUGUAAGAGAUAACAUCAAAAAUGAAGCAUUAGAAAAAGAAUCUUUCUUGAAACAAAGACAGGAUCGACACGAUAAAAGAAACUCUGUUUCCAAUGUUGCGGAUAAUUUGCACACGCCAGUCUCGAAUGCUGGAGAUGAAACAAAGGGAGCUCAUGAAGAAGAAUGUCGCUAUGUAUAUUUGGACCUUGGAUCUAACAAAGGCGUACAAAUUCGAAAACUGUUUGAACCAGCGCUAUACCCUGGAGCUGAGAUCCUCCCUUAUUUCGACAAAAUAUUUGGAAACGUUGAACAAAGGCGAAAAUAUGCGUGUGCUUUUGGAUUUGAGGCAAAUCCACGGCAUUUUACAAGGUUGAAGUACAUUGAAGAUGCCUACAAACGAAAAGGGUUUCGUGUUACUUUCUUCAAAAAUGCAGUUUCAAAUGAACAAAACAAAAACGUGACAAUUUUUUCGGAGACUAAUUUUGACCUAGACUGGGGUGCAGGGAUUCUUGAUGUCGCUAUUCAUAACAAAGCAAACAUGACUAGAUACGAAGUACCAACAGUUGAUAUUGUGAAAUUCAUUAACGAGGAAAUUAAACCACUAAAUCCCAAAGCAGUUUUUGUUAAAAUGGAUAUUGAAGGGUCAGAGUACACAGUACUACCUCACAUGGUCAAAAACAAAGUUUUGUGCAAAAACGUUCUAACCUCGAUGGUUGUUGAAAUGCAUGGAUGGGCAAAAGAACAAAUGAAAUCAGAAUUGGACCUUAAGAAAUUGAAACAGAGCAUGAAGGCACAAAUAUGUGCGCCUACAGAAAUUGUGCCAGUUGAUGACGAGUCAUACAAAGAUGACGUGGAAGUCGAUCCUGGCGCUUAAAAUAGAAACGGAAAUUGCUAUUACCACCACGAUACUAUUUGAACACGACCAGUGGACACCUACAGUAACAUAAAUGAAGCAACACGAUUCGAGUAUAAAUACACAGAUCAAGUGUUCUGGAUUUAUUGUCUACGAGACUAAUGGAUAUAGAAAAAGUGCUUUAAGUCCAAUACGUAUCACACCUAGUUUGACAUGUAAUGACUUUCAAGUAUAAUGUCAAAAAACAACAGAAAAUGCUCGAUGGUGUGUGUUUUCUAGCAGAUCGUAAUGAAUCUGUAUUAUCUGUAUGCCUCAUAUUUUUCCACCUGAAAAUAAUAAGUGUGUUUAUGUGAAAAUGGAAUAAAAUCUAUUGAGACACGUCACUGUUUUUAUCUCCUUUAAACUAAAUACAACAAUAGAAUCAACAAGGACAUGCUCAGCCUCAAACCUGAACAACAUCUCGUCUAAAGGCACACCGAUUAAAGCCAAACAUACACCAAUCGUGAUUUCGGUAACACCAUUACUGAAAUGUUAGUACUCUUUAAAACAGCACUCUUUCCAAGGGUAUGGUCAAUGGCGAACUAGAAGGUAGUGAUUUCCACAAGUGUUUGGAAUCUAUGCACAUUGGAUGACUUAUGUUUACAUAGGGAAUAUCACGUGGCCGCAAAACCAAAUCAAAAAUGCCUCUUUUUUACGUUUAUCCCGGACACACACACAUAGUUCUAGAAAAAUAUAAUUGAAUAUUACCACAAAGUUAUACAAUGCAUAGGAAUUGGACAAUUAUCUAAAAAUAGUAUUUGUUAUUUCGUUGUGGUACCUUUGUCAGAACGUUAUUUUGUUUUAUAAAUUGUAUAAAAUCACUUUUAAUUUCUUUCUAUACUUUGUAUGAAUUUGCUUAUGUAAGAUACCAAUAUAUUUGAUUUAAAAGAUUUGUUCAACUCAUUUUGCAUAACCUUGGGGUCGUCGUAGUGCAAACGUUUUUCUACAAAAUAUAAAAUAAAAU